GCAUGCAAUUCUAGGGGGGGCUGCCACCACUACCCCACCUGUGUUCGUGGAUUCUGGGUCGGGGAUAGUCUCAUCAGCGACGCCUGAGGAUUCUGCCGAUGGGGUAGAGGAGGAGGAGGAGGAGGAGGAGCUUGCAGAGAGCACACAGCACUCCAUUCUCCCCAACAGCCAGGAUCUUUUUAUCACCCUGACUGAAGUACCCUCCCAAGCCAGUACCCAAGACUCUGACCCCAUGGAAGGGACCUCAGCAGCUGCAAAUUCCUCAAGCCUCCCUCCUCCAUCCCGAAGGUUAUCACAGAUAAGGCGUCGUAAGAAGAGAACGCGAGAGGAGAUGUUUUCUGAAAUUAUGGAAUCCAGCCGCAGUGACAGAGCUCAUGUGAAUGAGUGGAAGGAAACAGUUUCAAAGUAUAGGAAAGAAGUCAGUGAACGUGAGGAGAAGAGGGACCAACGUGAGGAGAGGAGGGACCAACGUGAGGAGAGGAGAGACGCUCGAGAUGAGAGGUGGCGGCAGGAAGACCAGAGGAUGAAGGAUGCAACGCUGGGGCUGCUCCGGCGUCUGGUGGAGGUUCAGGAACGGCUGCUGGAAAACAGACUGCCGCUUCAGCCCCUGUUCCACCCUCCCCCCUCCCCAUGUUCCGUAUCCUCCUCACCCAGACGUGUAAGAACUCGGGGGGGGGAGGCUCCGUACACCUUCCCAUUCCACCCCAGUAGACAGCCCAAGCAAAAGGCUGUCAUUUUUUUAACCUUUUCUUUGUGGCUUUUUCCUUCCCAGCAAUCCUCCUCCCAAAUACCACCCGGGUUCCCUCCCUCUUUUUCUAAUCUAUUAAUAAAGAAUAAAUGAUUUUUAAAUGAUAGUGACUUUAUUUGGUUUGAAAGAAAGCUGGGGGAAGGGGCAGGGUGGGUUCCUUACAGAAAAUCAGUCAGUAAAGGGGGAGGGUUUUCAUGAAGGAGAAACAAACAGAUAUUUCACACGGUAGCCUGGCCAGUCAUGAAACUGGUUUUUAAAGCUUCUCUGAUGCACAGCGCUUCAUGGUGUGAUCUUCUAAUCGCCCUGGUGUCUGGCUGCGCGUAAUCAGCAGCCAGGCAAUUUGCCUCAGCCUCCCACCCCGCCAUAAAGGUCUCCCCCUUACUUUCACAGAGAUUGUGGAGCACACAGCAAGCAGAAAUAAC